AAUGCGCAUGUGAUAUCUCAUUCGUAUAUAAAUCAAAAUAAUUAGCGAAUUUCGCAAUUUCUGUUGUCAAAGUUAGUCGAUGAAUAUUAGCUGAAAAUGUUUUAUAGGCCCCUCCACACCCUAGUUUUACUUUCCGUCUUCGGAUAUGUUUUAACUGUACCUUUGUCACCUCCACAAACUCAGGCAGAGCUCCUCAAAGACAUUUCGGAAUUCCUUCGAGAUAAUGAAGAGGUAGCAGAAGCUCUAAGAAAUGUAGAUAUGGAUCAUUUCAUGUCGAGAACUCGUCGUGAUGCCAUUGAUGAUUCAAUGAUGGAUGUUGAGUUGGGAAAGGAACCACAGCAGAAAGAAGAAGGAUUUUUUGAUAGAGCAGCGAAAUUUGUGAUGGAGGUUCUUCAGCGAUUUCUCAAGUGGAUUAACACAGAUAAUUAAGGAGGGCGCCAUUCAAGCUGUUAAAACAGUGAUUGUAAAUGCUAUUUUUGGAUAACAUCAAAACGAAAACUUUAGUCGUUAUGAAACUCGUUUAUACCUACAUAUUUUUUCGGAUCAUGUGUUUAUUAGCGGGUGAAUUUCAUUGUACUUGAUUACCUAUAUUAUUUUCAAGCAUAGAUUUGUAAUUCGUUGCUCAUUAUAUGAAUUAUAAUGAUUUUUAUUCGUGAGAUAGCAGCAAUUAUUAUUUAUAUUGUGAACUCUUUUUUCUUACUAGAUCUAUCGAGAUUUAUUUAUCUCUUCAUCAGGAGAAGAAACUGAGAAUAUAUAAAUUAUACCUGUAUAUGGAACAGUGUUUAUGGAAGAUCAUCAGCAGUUUCAAUUUGGACUCAAAAACAAAAAUAAUGUCAAGUGGGUUACUAAGGCCCAGUUGUACUCGUAGAGUUCAAGUUCAAGCUGAGUUUAAGCAUUGGAUAUUAAACUCAGUAUGAACUGUACAACCAGGCCUAAGUCAAAUUUGGGAAUCUAAUUGAUAAUCUUCCAUAUACACUGCUCUGUCUAAGGUAUAAAACUCUCAAUUUCUUCUCCAGAUGAAUGAAACUUGAGAGCUCGAGUAAAAAAUAUAAAUAUAUGUAUAAAUAAUAAUUGCUGCUAUUCCACGAAUGAAAAUCUUUGUAAUUUCAAGCCACACAUAUUCAAUAGAGAUCUGAAGAUACAUGUUUCAUUAAUUCCUAACAUAAAUUCUUUGUACAGAAUCAAAUAAUUAAAAAUAAAUCAACUAAUA